GUUGUAGAGAAAAAUGCGUCCCCAAACCACACACACAAACCCCGCCCUAGCAAUUAAUCAUACCCACCUCACAGAAAGCUUUCGUUUCCACAACAUCAAAUCACAGAAGCGUCACCCUCUUCCCCUUUUAUAUGGAUGUACAAAAACGCACAUGGAUUUGGAGAAAAUCUUCUGCACAGCAAUGUUAAAAAGCGCAAAGACGCAUCUGUCUCCCGGUGGCAAAUGGUCCUGUCACUUCGGCUUGUAGAUCUUUCUCCUGGCAGCCCAAAGACAAGGAGAACCUGUCCCUCUUAAACUUCUGCACCUGCUUGCCUUGAUGGAGUGCUUUUUCCAAACGACCGUAGUGAACAUUGCAAAAACAAAAAACAGCAAAGCACAAAACAAAGCCACAAGAAUGCUCUGAAGCGAGCCCUCAACUUCUCUUCUCCUUUCGGGGCAGAGCCGGGAGCUGACGCUGACGGCUUGUGAGCGCAGGCGUGACAGAUUGGCAGAAAGCCGGCGGCCGCAUGUGCAGCUGGGUAUGGUUGAAAGCGAUUUAAUUGACUGGGGAAUGCCACCUCUGCUCUUCUGGCUUGGCAGUUCGGCAACCCCCCUGCAUGCAAGCGGAGCUCAGAAGAGGGGCUUGGCUAGCAAAAAGGAGCAGGCAGGCUCCAGGUGACUUGAAGGUCGUCCGAGUGGGAAGAAGUCACCUGAUUCCGGGAACGGACUUACCUAUCCGGCUGCAGUCACAGCAAAAGCAGAAAAGGAGAGGGGGGGGGGAGAAUGAGCCUGUGUGCGAGAAAGGGAGGGAGGGAGGUGUGCACUUUUUAAAAGCAGGUCUCCUGCCAGCGGCUGGCGACAUCGGCAGCACCACCUGCCUGCAGAAGUGUCACUUUAACUAUGUCACAAUCUCCUGGUAGGAUGCACGCAAAACGAGCAGGGAUCCGAGCAGCUGUUGUCCUCAUAGGGUUGUUACACAAGUCCCGAAAGCAAAAUAAAGAGAAAAGGAAACAAGACGUGUUGAACAGCACAGAUAUGGCAGCUCCAGAGAGACCCUUAUCUCCACCGCUCACUGCUCCGCCAAGCAUGAAGUCUGCAGAGUUCUUUGAAAUGCUGGAAAAAAUGCAGGGGCCAAAAUUAGAGGAACAGAGAAGUGGAAGCCAGAAAAAUAAGGAGGACUACAUCCCGUAUCCCAGCAUUGAUGAAAUUGUAGAAAAAGGCGGCCCCUAUCCUGUCAUCAUCCUGCCACAGUUUGGGGGCUACUGGAUCGAAGACCCCGAGAACGUCAGCACACCCACCUCAUCGGAGAGCAGCAUCUGUGAAGAUGACGAGGAGCAGCUGAGCCCCAGUGCUUAUGGCUACAAGCUGGAGUGCAAAGGAGAAGCCAGAGCAUAUAGGAAACACUUCUUGGGAAAGGAUCAUUUAAAUUUUUACUGCACAGCUAGCAGCCUGGGAAAUUUGAUCCUUUCUAUUAAAUGCGAAGAGGCAGACGGAAUUGAAUACCUAAGAAUUAUACUCAGGUCCAAAGCAAAAACGCUGCAUGAACGAAUCCCCUUAGCUGGACUUAGCAAACUACCAAGCAUCCCACAGAUUGCAAAGGCUUUCUGCGAUGAUGUGACCGGACUGAAGUUUAACCCUGUGCUCUACCCCAAGGCAUCUCAGAUGAUUGUCUCCUAUGAUGAGCACGAGGUCAACAACACGUUCAAAUUUGGGGUAAUUUACCAGAAGCUUAGGCAGACGCAGGAAGAAGAGCUAUUCGGCAACAAUGAAGAGAGCCCUGCCUUCAAGAAUUUCUUGAGCUUGCUCGGAGAUACCAUAACACUCCAGGACUUCAAGGGCUUUCGCGGUGGUCUCGAUGUCACUCACGGCCAGACGGGCACGGAGUCUGUGUACACGGUGUUCAGGGACAGAGAGAUUAUGUUUCACGUCUCUACCAAACUCCCUUUCACUGAGGGAGACACGCAGCAGCUUCAGAGAAAGCGACACAUUGGCAACGACAUUGUGGCAAUUAUAUUUCAAGAAGAAAACACUCCCUUUGUUCCAGACAUGAUUGCCUCGAAUUUCCUCCAUGCCUACAUUGUUGUGCAGGCAGAAAACCCUGAAGCAGACAGUGCAUCUUACAAAGUGGCUGUAACUGCACGAGAAGAUGUCCCUGCGUUCGGUCCUCCGCUGCCAAACCCUUCUGUAUUUCAAAAAAACUCAGAAUUUCGAGAGUUUCUCCUCACCAAGCUGAUCAAUGCAGAGAACGCCUGUUGCAAAUCAGACAAGUUUGCAAAACUCGAGGACCGGACACGAGCCGCCCUUUUGGACAACCUCCAUGACGAUCUCCAUAUCCACACACAAAUGAUGCUAGGCUUGGGCUCUGAGGAGGACAAGCUGGAGAAUGGGGCCCACGGAGGGUUCUUGGAAUCAUUUAAGAGAGCCAUCCGGGUCCGCAGUCACUCCAUGGAAACCAUGGUUGGGAGUCAGAAGAAGCAUCAGAGCGGAGGAAUCCCUGGUAGCUUGAGCGGAGGGAUUGCGCACAACAGUGGCGAAAUAACAAAGGCCACCUUUUCUCCUCCGGUAUCAGCAGCUACAGCCAAGAACCAGUCCAGGAGUCCCAUAAAGAGGCGGUCAGGGCUGUUCCCUCGUCUGCACACUGGAUCAGAGAGCCAGGCAGAGCCUCGGACUCGAUGUGACAGUGGCUCAGGAACACCGAAGACCCCUGAAGGAGGACACACCUCUCAAGAAAUCAGGUCCGAGGCCUCUUCAAACCCAAGCUCUCCAGAGAUCUGUACCAACAAGGAGAGGCCAUUUAUUAAACUCAAAGAAAACGGAAGGUCAAACAUCUCCCGUUCAUCCUCAAGUACCAGCAGCUUCAGCAGCACGGCAGGGGAGAGUGAAAAUAUGGAAGAAUACGAAAGCCUGGGCAGCCAGCCUUCCACAGCGUCACCAUUCAAGCAAGACGUCUUUGUCUACAGCCCUUCCCAAAGUAACGAGAAUCCGGCUCUGGCAUCUGCCGCCACACCGGUGAUAAUGAGCAGGAGCCCAACAGAUAUGAAGAGCAGGAAUUCUCCGAGGUCAAAUCUUAAAUUUCGUUUUGAUAAACUUAGCCAUUCAAGUUCUGGCCCGACACAUUAGCUGACGGAUAAGACUACAGACCUCCCAAAAAGGGCAUUUCUGUUUGGGUUUUUCUUCCUUCCUUCCUGUUUUUCUUACGUGAAAACGCUCUUUUCGACUGACAACGUCCGUCCGCCACACUAUGCGCCACUGCCACGUAUGAAAUGUGCUUCACCCAGGCAGAUGUCCCCGUCUGACCCUGAGGGAACUGCUACCUUGCCACGUCUCGGCUGGGAUAGAUGCCCCUGGAGAUGAACCUGACAGGAUGUGGGACUCUCUUCCCUCGCCGACCCCUGUCUCUGCUCCGUCCCUCGUGAUCCAAAGGACAUCUGGGGAGAGGAGAUGGGUUUGCUGCUGACAUUAUACUUGAACCCGCUUCUUACCCUGUUUCCGUUCGGUAUUCUGAAAUCUGCAAAACCAGUGUGCUCCUUGUCCUUAAUUGUAGCUUUUUGACUGAAGGUCAUUAGCGCUGCUCUCCUGAUGAUUUGAGAAAGUUACUUUGGUUUUUUAAAAAUAAUCACUCAUAGUGAUAUUAUAGGCUAAUUUCUCCCCUUCCCAGGGGCUAAGGUCAAGUGUCCUUUUUCUAAUGCAAAUGGACUUGUUCUGCAAGUGGGACUUCUUCCCCUUGAAAGACAACCACAGCCAAUUCAGAAUAUGGCAUCUUUUCUCCUUACUUAAGUCCUGCUCUGUUCCUUAUCUCCCUUUACUUCCCAAGCCCAGUUCUAGAAUAUAAGAAGAGACUUGCUGGACCAAAGGUUUGUCUGGCCCAGCAUGCUGUUCACCACAGUGACCAUGCAGAUGUCCCUAGGAAGAUGACUGCCAGAGCGAAUGGCAGCCCUCACCCCCGGCACCCUGCCUGGGAACCCGGGAGCCUAAUUCAGCUACUGGAUCUGAAAGCCAACAGCAAAUUUCUCCCCCCCCCCAUGAAAUUGUCUAAUCUCCCCCUAAAGCUAUUGUAGCGAAUGGCCAUCAGAACAUCUUGUGGCCAGGAGUUCCGUAGAGUGGGUUUUUGGAAGACGUCUUGCUUUAUGUGUGGAGAUCAGUGCACACUGAUCAACACACAGUCCUCGCAGUAAGGCGCUAUUCUGAUGGCAUGAGUAGUCACAAUGUCCAAUAGUUUCUUAUCUGCUGCAGCCUUCAUCUGCCUUCACAGUCGUUGUAACUUACCGCUUGUUAUCUUCCACCUGUUCUGCUGUUGAGGACUUCUUGGAUCGUUCUUUGUCUUGCUUCUCUCCCUUGACCUUUCAGCUGUACUAAUACGUCUAUAAAGGGCAACUGAGCUCCCAAGUGAGCCUAUUUUUUUCUGGGCUGACUUAAGAGAGGCUCUGACCACCCCCCAUGUGGUCAAGCCAUGGUCAUCACUGUCCACGAAUUUGGCACCGAUGAGACUAGGCUGCUAUUGAAUAUUUGAUUGUGUGUGAGAAGAAUCAAGGCUGCCUUCUCCUGUGGGCCAUAUUAACGCAACAAGAUGGCGGCCAUGCUAACUGGGCCCAAUGGCAGUUGUAGUCCAAAAGAGCUAGAGGACUACUGUUUGGGGAAGAUUGCCUUAAAGCAGGUGUAGGGAACCUUCACUGGCCCACUGGCCAGAUUUGGCCCACCAAGUCUCCCCAUUUGGCCACUGAGGUGGUUUUCCCCAAACCACAGUCAUAUGUGGCAUUGAGGGUGGGGCAGGCAGAAAGCAAGCUUGAACUUUAUGACUUCAGGUGAUUGGCAGCUGGGUGGUCUUGCCCACUGGUCAGAGUUGGCCUGUGGAGCAGGGGCUAAGGAAAUAAAGAUCUGGUACUCUGAGCCAAAAUGGUUCACGAAUCACUUUGAAAUGCUUCCAGAAUUCUGUAGGGCAGGGAUGAGGAAACUCUAGCGGUGAAAUUUCCUCAAAAAGGGUGUUGCUCCAGCUCUUUGCUAAUUUUGGUUGCUUCUUUCUGUACCUCUACCCCCUCUGCACACCAGUGUGUGUCCCCAGGUCCAAUGACCUACUGUGCCUGAUAUCUCCACCUUCUAUGAAUUUAUCCUGAUUCCCUAUGAAAGUCGACUGAGCUGGUGGCUGUCAUCAUGUCUUCUUGGCAGCAAAAUAUGUGCUGCUGCAAAGAAAUCCUUUUUUUGUCUGCGCAGAACCUGCUGCUGGUAAAUAUCCGUUGCCAAUUCUGCAUUCUAGAGUUUUGAAGAAGGGAUAAAAAUGCACAUUUUCCUUCCUUGAAACUCCACAAUUCCAUUUCUCCUUGAAUUCUAAAAUAAUUUUGUUUUUGUUGGGUGAAAAAACAAAACAUACAAAGCAUGCAUUUCACUUUUCUUCUUUUUCUUCUUCAUGGUUGUAGCAUGGUAUUUAAAAUGAUCUCCCUCGAAGGUAAAUGCUGGAUUUUGUGGGUAUCCAAAAGGUCUCAUUCAUUUCAACAGAGCAGGAAAAUUUUCCUCUUAAUUAGGCUCCUAAUGAAAAGAAAAAAAAUGAUAGUUGCAGGGAGUGUGAGUGCGUGAGAGAAAAGCAGAAUUCUUUUUCGAAAGGUCUCUGACAAAAUGAAAUAUAAUUCUUUUGUUUGUGAGGAGGCGACACUUUGUAGCCGGUUGCUGAUGUACGUUGUAAAUAAUGUAUAUUUAAUUUAUUGCUACGGUAGCCUCUUGUAUUUGUUAUUGUAUAAAACAAAUUCUACAGAAAGGUCAGAAAUGUAUAUUUUGUUGCUUAAAUGUGUCUUUGCAAAAUUCACAAUUAAAAUAAAAUAUUUUGUGUC